AAAAAUGUGUUUAUUUCCUGUUAUAGUAAACAGUUUGAAAAACAUUAGCGAUGGAGGCUGAUCCAAGUAACAGAACAUUGACAAUUACAAGCACGACAGAUGAAAAUGUAUGCUUUUCCGAUGUGACAACUGUUGUUAAAAGAUGGAUGAUCGACUUCAGCUUUGUUAGUUUGUGUCAAUUCUUCAAAGAGGGCAAAUUUGAAGAAUUCAACCAAACGAUUUCGACGCUGGAAACGAUAAUUGACGGUACCCCUCAUUUAAACACCGAACAGAGACAGAAAAGGCAGAUAUGUGGCUUCCUCGCGCGGAUAAUGCACGGGAAACAUUUAGACGUGUCCUUCGGCAGAGACGAGCGGUUGUCGCCUCUGAUGUCGGCUGUCGGUGUCUGGGCGUCUCAGGAAGAGACUGUGGCUGAUCUCACUCUGUUCCAGCACAUCACCAAUCUACUCUAUGUUCAGAGUGUCGCUCAUCGCCACCGCCUUCAGCCACCAGCCAUCGCCACCGCCUUCCAGCCACUAGCCAUCGCCACCGGCCUUUCUAGCCACCAGCCAUCGCCACCGCCUCUAGCCACAGCCAUCGCCACCGGCCUCUAG